AUGGCGAGUGCCCAGAACUCAGACUCACCUCCAAAAACACCGGAGCGGAGGAUAUCUGCUCAUAGCCUGGCCAGUACGCCCUCCACGCCCUACACUCGCGGGUCCUCGCAAGAGUUUGACUUCAAUGCCUUGGGGCCCGGGGCCGCCGCUGGCAGUGCAGCAGUGCCCACAACACCGCAACAGCGCAGUGCACAUCGCCGCCGCCUUUUGAAACAGUUUCCCACUUCCCUUUCUUCCGCUCUCAAUGAUCCACGCCUGGGCCGCCCCCCUGCGGAUCUCUUCACCCGUGAUUGGGGAGAUGCUUUUCUACCCAGCGCCCCCGUGCCAGCCUCCACGCUGCUCCCCAAAGUCCCAAAGAAGCGCCUUGAAGCCAUCCGUCAGCGACUCACACUGCGGCGAGCCGAUCGACGCAUCAGUGGGGUAGAGCGCGAUCAACCGAAGCGUGGCCAUCGCCGGGCGGCAUCCGUGGCCGCUGGCAUCCCAGAGUACUUUUGCAGCGAGUACUUUGAUCUGAGGAAUCCAGACACCUUUGCCAAGGUACUCCUUCCCAAGGAUGCCAGCCUCUCAAUACGGCAAAAUGCGCGGCAGGUCCAAGAAAAGUACUCGCAUCACCUGGACCAAGUUGAGGUGGAACUGAGUGUGCAAUUGGCACAGCGUGCCGAUCAAAUUUUCACCGCCAUGGAGUCACAGCAGGAUUUGACAGUCAGCGUCAUCAGUGCGCGCAACGGCAUUAUCACCGCCAAGCAGCGCCUCGAGGGCAUCCGCAACAACUCGAUUAACCAUUUGCUGAUCCUUCACCUGUUGCGACGCCGCCGCAACUACGGCACCUUGAUUGACAAACUGUCCGUUCUGGCCGCAGUGGCUUCGAGUCAAAGUGCCGUUCAGCGCCUUCUCGCGGCCAGCGAUUACGUGGGUGCCCUUGAACUCAUCCAGACGACCCAGGAGAUUUUGACCGCAGAGCUUAACGGCGUCCAUGCCAUGCGGCAUAUGGCGUCUCAGCUCGAGGAAAUCAAGGCCCUGGUCUCUCGUGUCGUGGAGACGGACUUUUUGGCCGUGUUGAUGGAGCACGCCAAACUAGAAGAACGCGUGAUCAUGCCGGUGGAGGCUGCGUAUAUUGAGCGUGCACAAGCUCCAACGUUAACAAGUGAUGAACACACCGACACAGGCGCAGAAGCUGACGCCGACACAUCUGCAUCGGAUAGCCCCAAAGGCUUGCCGCUGGACGGAGCCAUCCUCCCGGGUCACGUGGAAAGCCAAGCCGAUUUGCUGCAUCCCCUCAUCAUGGGCCUGCUCCGCCUUCAGCGUUAUGACAUUUUUCAAACCUACUAUGGCAGCCUGGAAACCUAUCUUCGUGCCAUGGUCAAGGAGCUGGUGACACAGCAGCUCGAAUCUUCCAACCGCCCCAAAACCUCGCAAUUGGCUUCCUGGGGCGACUCGCUCCGCGACCUGCCUUUUGAAUUAUGGCUUGGCUUGUUGCGCCACAUAUUUGGCCUGCUUCUGGGGGUCCUGGCGCGCACGCGCGAAAAUUAUGCCGCGCUCCAGCUUAUAUUUCAGCGGUUGGAGCCGCCGCGGACUCGAUCACCGCAUCGUGCAAGCACCUCGCAUGCCAGUCCCGACAAGGUUGAGGACGUAUCCGCUUCUUCUGGUGCCGUUCCCCGUGGGAACGACACCGCCUUGGGGGAUGGUGCCGCGCAGUUUGAGGCACAAGAAGAGGAUUUUGAGUUUCACGACACUGACGCGCUGGCGGAGAGUACACUCGCGCCAGCCGUUGGGGCAACGAGCGCGGAAGUUGCCAAUGACGAUGUCACGCUAGCCGACCUCGGUGAAGUCGGUGCUACAUCCGAGGCGCGCGGGCCGCACAGCGCCUCGUCUCGCCCUACAUCACCCCGCCGCCGGAGCCUUGCAGCUUCGGAUACCUUGGACUGGCAGCGCUUGGACGAGCACAACCUGCAGGUGCUACGCCAGGCGCUCAACGAGGUGCAUGCUCGCGUGUCCAAGCUGGUACAGGCCCGAAUCCGAGAUGGGGCCGAUACCAAUAUCAACAUUGCCAGUUAUCUUCAAUACUUUGAGCUGGUCAACUCCUUUGUCGAUGCGGCAGCACAGCUCACGGGCUGCCGAUGUGCCCUCAUCGGUGCCACUCUGCGCGAUCAGACCAAGCUGUUCCUGGAGCGUUUUCAUAGCAAUCACACAGAGAAGCUCAACAUCAUGCUCAGCAACGAGCAGUGGGUCGCGACCCAUGUGCCCCCGGAAAGUCAGGCGUUGGUGUCGCGUUUGCGUGGCGACACCGCACCGCCAGCCAGCUCUGCCAGUGGCGACCAAGCCCACGCAGAAUUGCUUUUUGUGGAUGAUGUGGGGCACCAUGCUGUUGGCGCUGUUCUCAUGUUUUUGCAGAGCCUCGGCGAGUAUCAACGUUGCACGGAGAACAUGCCAUCACUGGCGCAUGAGGUCUUUGCUCGUCUGGCCGAGCUGCUGCGCACGUUCAACCAGCAAGUACGAAGGCUGGUGCAUGACGCCGAGGCGAUGCAAGUUGCCGGCCUGAAGCGCAUCACAGCCAAGCAGCUGGGAUUGGCUACCGAGACCAUUGACAUCAUCCUCGGGGUCCUGCCGGGCCUUCGCCACUACUAUGAGGCGCACCUGACGGGUGCACGACAGGUGUGUGUGUGUGUGUGUGUGUGUGUGUGUGUGUGUGUGUGUGUGUGUGUGCACAUGUGUGCCAGCCAACUACGUGAGCUGGAUCGGCUGGCAGAGCAGUAUCGGCGUCAUCUUCAGGAUGUGGACAGCAAAUUAGUGGCCAUUAUGCACGACAUUUGGAAUCGUUCAGCGCCGGAAAUGAAGUGGGCCAAAAGCACUGUGACGGAUGGAUGCCGGAGCCUCGUGUCAUCCAUGACCAAGCUGCACAAGGCUUUGAACGCUGUGCUGCCACCCUCUCGUCUGAAGGUGGUGUUUAGCAAGGUCUUGCAAUUAUUCAAUGGCAAGUACAAGGAGGCGGCGGGCAAGCAGGCUACGAGUCGCGACAAGGCAGCCAUGGUGGGCAUUGCCGCGGAUGUUCUGCUGAUUGAAAGUGAGAUGGAGCAGCUAGCCAAUGUGGAGGUACAUCAGGAGCUGCGCGAGGGGCUUGCCCAACUGGGCGUCGUCCUUCCGCCGCGGGUCUAG